ACGCACCAUGGGGCGCCUGGAGCUGGCUGUCUUAGGCCUCGCCUGCUGCUUGGCAGUAGUGAGCGCCGCAAAGCUGGGCGUAGUGCACACGGAAGGGGGCUUUGUGGAGGGCGUCAACAAGAAGCUCUGCCUCUUCGGGAUGGGCGGCCUCUCUGUGGACAUCUUCAAGGGCAUCCCCUUCGCCGCCCCAACCACGGCCCUGGAGAACCCCCAGCCGCACCCCGGCUGGCAAGGGACCCUGAAGGCCAAGGACUUCAAGCAGCCAUGCCUGCAAGUCACUCUCACACAGUUAAAUACCAGGGGCUCCGAGGACUGCCUCUACCUCAACAUCUGGGUCCCCCAGGGCCAGAAGGAAGUUUCCCAGAAUCUGCCUGUCAUGAUUUGGAUCUUCGGAGGGGCCUUCUUCUUUGGGACUGGCCAAGGGUUUAAGUUCUUCAGUGACUAUCAGUUCGACGGGGAGGAGAUCGCCACGCGGGGCAACGUCAUUUUGGUCACCUUCAACUACCGCCUCGGGCCGCUGGGCUUCCUCAGCACUGGGGACGCCAACCUGCCAGGUAACUACGGUCUUUGGGACCAGCACAUGGCCAUCGCGUGGGUGAAGAGGAACAUUGCGGCCUUUGGGGGGGACCCCGACAACAUCACCAUCUUUGGGCAAUCAUCUGGAAGUGUCAGCGUCUCUCUGCAGAUCCUCUCUCCCUACAACAAGGGCCUCAUCCGGCGAGCCAUCAGCCAGAGCGGCGUGGCGCUGACCCCCUGGGCCAUCCAGAAGAACCCUCUCUCCUGGGCUAAGCAGAUCGCCAAGAAGGUGGGCUGCCCCCUGAACGAUACCGCCAGGAUGGCCAAGUGUCUGAAGGUCACCGAUCCCUGGGCCCUGACGCUGGCCUAUAAGAUGCCCCUGUUGGGACGGAAGUACCCACUCCUGUACUAUUUGGGCCUCAUGCCUGUCGUGGACGGAGACUUCAUCCCCGACGACCCCAUCAACCUUUUUGCCAACGCGGCCGACAUCGACUACAUCGCUGGCACCAACGACAUGGAUGGCCACAUCUUUGCCAGCGUUGACUUGCCAGCCAUCAACGUGGCCUUGCUGACCGUCACAGGGGAGGACUUCUUCAAGCUGGUCAGUGGCUUCACCAUUGCUAAGGGGCCCAGAGGUGCCAAUGCCACCUUUGACUUCUACACGGCCCCCUGGGCCCAGGACUCCUCCCAGGAGGCCAAGAAGAAGACAGUGGUGGAGUUUGAGACCGACGUCCUCUUCCUGAUGCCCACGAAGAUGGCCGUGGCCCAGCACAGAGCCAAUGCCAAGCAGCACAGAGCCAACGCCAAGUGAGGGCCAGGGAAGGG